CGACGUAAGGGGCCAAGCAAUAUCUAGGGCUCUGGGGCUGAGUCUUCGAUCGCAUCGCUCCUACUUACACAACUACAUCAUUGGUGAUUAGGUAACAUUAGAGCCACAUCUACCUGCUAGGCAGGUAUGGAUAGGAUCAUAGGUAGGUAGCUACAUACCUCCUAGUAUCAUAUUAGUAUGUAAGUAGGUGCCUACCUACAUAUGCAUCAACAAAAUACAAGCUGCCUAUACACUUCAUUGAAUCCAUCAUCUUUGCUCCCAAUCUUCUCCCAUCGCUUUCACUGAAACUGCCUACGCCCCGUUACCAACCAUGGCUACCGAAAAAGAUGAGCCGAUGGCUCUUAUUCUAAGCCUAUACGAUGAUGAUGACGCCGAGGACCGAUUCUGCAAGAAUUUGAUGCAAGCUCUGGUCGAUGGCUCUCGAACUCCGUCCCAGAUCGCUACCGAUCUUGAUGCCUGGGUUGUCAAAGAGUCUUCGGACAGGUUGCAGAAAUUCUCAGACCAACCUGAUCUCAUCCAAAAAGAUGGAAACGGCCAUGUGCUCCGUACUAGCAUGCCAAACGCCAGCGGAUAUGUUGAGCGCUUCUUUCAGAGUUUUCCCUCUCUGUGUUCUGUUUUUCCACCGCAUCAUGGCGGCCAGACUAGAAUCAUUCAGUUUCUCGAGGCCUUGUUAGCCAUCCCCGACCACGAGGCACCCGAUUCCUUCGCGGAAGGCGGUAGCCAUAAAGAUGUUAAUAAGAUAACCUUAUGGUCGGACCGUGGUUAUUCGACCGAAUAUCUUCGCGUCGGAGCAGAUGCUAUUGGAUACUCCGGUUCGGGAAUCGAAACCCCUGACAGUGAAUCAGAGACUCGCUGGCGCAACUACCAGUCCACCAUAGCGCGCAUUACAUUGACCGGUUUCAGCGAAUGUGGCUUCACUAGCGCGCUGCGCGAUAUCCUUCCCAGCGGCAAAAAAUAUCCCAGUUUCAAUGUCCGGGUGGCUUCCAAGCCUGAUGUUAUUGGAGGCCACAUUCUGGCCGCGGCACAAUGGCUUAUAUGGCCCGACGAGGCGCGCUACGUAUAUCAGCAGUGCAGGAAAAAGGAAAAGACGGACAAGAAGAACCCUAGAGACACGUGGAGCAUGGAAAACUGGAGGAUAUGGAAAGCGCAAUUCCAACUCUUCGCUUGGGAUGAGAGGGUCGACCCGCGAGCUCGCGACGUGGCCAAGAAAGCGAUCGAUAGGAUAAUUGAAGUUGAGGAGAAGGAUGGAUCUUCAUGAUUCCGAGUCUUGUCGCAUACUGGUUGCACAAUUGAAGUCUUAGUCUUCUAAAUGCGACGCAACAUGUUCCUUAGGAUAUCAGUGUACUUCAAGAUAGUUAAAUAUGGUGAAAUAUGGAAACCAUACAUGUACGAUACCUACCUAGUACCUACCUAGUGCCUAGGACCUACAUAUACGAAAUUCGCAUAGCGUACCUAGUAGGUACCUAGUAUCCAGGUAGUUUAGCGGCCUGCAUUACC